UUGCCUUUUGGUUACGUUUUGGUGUUUGAUAUGAACGGUUGGCUUUUGAAAUAACAGACAAAAAAAAAAGAACAAUGAAACAAUAAAAAAGUAUACAUUAUAAAAAAUAUUCAUAAAAAACAUAAAAUAAUCAUAAAAAACUAAAAAAGGAAAAAUAAAUAACCAAUAAUCCAAAAAGUAAAAUAUACAAUAAAUUUAUGAAUAAAAAACACGCUUGGAGCUUCAAGAAUUACAACACAAAAUAAAAACAGCCUGGAAAUCCAAACCAAAUUAACACCAAAUUACUAAACCUCAUAUAAUAAGGAAAAUAAAAUUAAUUAAAUAUUUAUUGCAAUAAAUAUUAAAUAAAAAUAUUAAAUACACGCAAAUCUUAUAAAACGAUCGAUUGGCAUCGAUUUACAAAUACGUGUCUGUGGCGGGCGCUUGUUUGAAGAUGGCGCCUCGGAUAUAGUUGUAAUUUUGAUGUAGCAGGCGACAUACAUGUGCCUAAUGUAAGUGUGCGUAGUACUAAAUAAAUAAGCAGUAGUUUUUGGUUUUUAUUUUGUUGUUUUUUUUCUUUUGUACGAGUAUGUAUGAAUGAAUUAUAUUUUUUUAUGUAUAAUAAUAAUUAUAAUAUAUAUGUGAUUGUGUCUUCGUACUAAUGGAAAUUUGAAAAAAAAUUAAAAAAAAAAACAAACAAACAAACGAAUAGGCCUUGGAAAACUGAGGCUCUCAUCGUUGGCCGCAUAGACAAUGACAGAAGAUUCCGACUCGAUAUCUGAGGAAGAACGUAGUUUGUUCCGUCCCUUCACCCGCGAAUCAUUGGUGCAAAUAGAAAAUCGUAUCGCUGAACAUGAAAAACAAAAGGAACUGGAAAGAAAGAGACUCGAAGGAGAGGCGCCGCCGCAAUAUGGUCGCAAGAAAAAACAGAAAGAAAUCCGAUAUGAUGACGAGGACGAGGAUGAAGGUCCACAACCGGAUCCUACACUUGAACAGGGAGUGCCCUUACCUGUUCGACUGCAGGGCAGCUUCCCGCCGGAAUUGGCCUCCACUCCUCUCGAGGAUAUCGAUCCGUACUACAAUAAUAUACUGACAUUUGUAGUAGUAAGUAAAGGAAAAGAUAUUUUUCGGUUUUCUGCCUCAAAAGCAAUGUGGUUGCUCGAUCCAUUUAAUCCGAUACGUCGUGUAGCCAUUUAUAUUUUAGUACAUCCUUUGUUUUCGUUAUUCAUUAUCACCACUAUCCUUGUUAAUUGUAUUUUAAUGAUAAUGCCGACAACGCCCACGGUCGAGUCUACAGAGGUGAUAUUCACCGGAAUCUACACAUUUGAAUCAGCUGUUAAAGUGAUGGCACGAGGUUUCAUUUUAUGCCCGUUUACGUAUCUUAGAGAUGCAUGGAAUUGGCUGGACUUCGUAGUAAUAGCUUUAGCUUAUGUGACCAUGGGUAUAGAUUUAGGUAAUCUUGCAGCUUUGAGAACAUUUAGGGUACUGCGAGCUCUUAAAACCGUAGCCAUUGUGCCAGGUCUGAAAACCAUCGUCGGUGCUGUCAUUGAAUCUGUAAAAAAUCUACGCGAUGUGAUAAUUUUGACAAUGUUCUCCCUGUCGGUGUUUGCGCUGAUGGGCCUACAAAUUUAUAUGGGUGUUCUAACACAAAAGUGCAUUAAAAGAUUUCCCCUCGAUGGGAGCUGGGGUAAUUUGACGGACGAGAACUGGAAGCUACACAAUGAAAAUGUCUCCAAUUGGUACACAGAGGAUGGUAUAGCGUAUCCGCUGUGUGGUAAUAUAUCUGGAGCGGGGCAAUGUGGAGAAGAUUAUGUGUGUCUGCAGGGCUUUGGUCCGAACCCGAAUUAUGGUUACACUAGUUUCGAUUCGUUCGGUUGGGCUUUCCUGUCUGCCUUUCGUCUAAUGACCCAGGACUUUUGGGAGGAUUUGUAUCAGCUCGUUUUGAGAGCUGCCGGUCCCUGGCACAUGUUGUUUUUUAUAGUCAUCAUCUUCCUAGGUUCAUUCUAUCUUGUGAAUUUGAUUUUGGCCAUUGUUGCCAUGUCUUAUGACGAAUUGCAAAAGAAGGCCGAAGAAGAAGAGGCUGCUGAAGAGGAGGCCAUACGUGAAGCAGAGGAGGCGGCGGCGGCUAAGGCGGCUAAACUGGAGGAACGGGCCAAUGCGGCAGCUCAAGCAGCUCAGGAUGCAGCUGAUGCCGCCGAGGCAGCACUGCACCCCGAGAUGGCCAAGAGUCCGACAUACUCUUGCAUUAGCUAUGAACUGUUCGUUGGCGGUGAAAAAGGCAAUGACGACAACAACAAAGAGAAAAUGUCCAUACGCAGCGUCGAAGUGGAAUCGGAGUCGGUGAGCGUUAUACAAAGACAACCAGCACCUACAGCACACGCAACUAAAGUCCGUAAAGUUAGUACGACUUCCUUAUCCUUACCUGGUUCACCAUUUAACAUACGCCGGGGAUCACGUAGUUCACACAAGCAACUACUAACGAAAAGUUCAAAUAAAAAAACACCUCAGUAUACAAUACGAAAUGGGCGUGGACGUUUUGGUAUACCGGGUAGUGAUCGCAAGCCUUUGGUUUUGUCAACAUAUCAGGAUGCCCAGCAACAUUUGCCAUAUGCUGAUGACUCGAAUGCCGUGACACCCAUGUCCGAAGAGAAUGGUGCCAUUAUAGUACCGGUUUACUAUUGUAAUUUAGGUUCUAGACAUUCCUCAUAUACCUCGCAUCAAUCAAGAAUCUCGUAUACAUCACAUGGAGAUCUUUUGGGUGGCAUGGCAGCUAUGGGAGCCAGCACAAUGACAAAAGAAAGUAAAUUGCGUAGCCGCAAUACCCGCAAUCAGUCUAUAGGUGCCUCAAAUGGUGGUACUCAAUAUGUGGAUAAUAAUCACAAGGAGCACCAUCAGCGUGAAUAUGAAAUGGGUCAGGAGUACACAGAUGAAUCUGGCAAGAUUAAACACCACGACAAUCCUUUUAUCGAGCCCGUCCAAACUCAAACAGUGGUAGACAUGAAAGAUGUAAUGGUCCUAAAUGAUAUAAUCGAACAAGCCGCUGGUCGGCAUAGUCGUGCUAGUGACCGAGGUGUCUCCGUUUAUUAUUUUCCUACAGAGGACGAUGACGAAGAUGGUCCAACGUUUAAGGACAAGGCACUUGAAUUUAUACUAAAAUGUAUAGACAUCUUCUGUGUGUGGGACUGUUGUUGGGUGUGGUUAAAGUUUCAGGAAUGGGUCUCCUUCAUUGUGUUCGAUCCCUUUGUGGAAUUGUUUAUUACCCUGUGUAUUGUAGUCAAUACAAUGUUCAUGGCCAUGGAUCAUCAUAACAUGAAUACCGAAUUGGAAAAAGUCUUGAAAAGUGGAAACUACUUCUUUACUGCCACCUUUGCGAUAGAAGCCACCAUGAAACUUAUGGCUAUGAGUCCGAAGUACUAUUUUCAAGAAGGUUGGAACAUAUUCGAUUUCAUUAUUGUAGCUUUGUCACUGCUGGAAUUGGGUCUGGAAGGUGUCCAGGGCCUGUCAGUUUUAAGAAGUUUUCGUUUGCUUCGUGUAUUCAAAUUGGCAAAAUCUUGGCCUACACUGAAUUUACUCAUUUCAAUUAUGGGCCGCACAAUGGGUGCAUUGGGUAAUCUAACAUUUGUACUUUGCAUUAUCAUCUUCAUAUUUGCCGUUAUGGGAAUGCAACUUUUCGGAAAGAACUAUCAUGAUCACAAGGACAUGUUUCCGGAUGGUGAAUUGCCAAGAUGGAAUUUUACCGAUUUCAUGCACUCGUUUAUGAUUGUGUUUCGUGUAUUGUGCGGAGAGUGGAUAGAGUCCAUGUGGGAUUGCAUGUAUGUGGGCGAUGUAUCCUGUAUACCAUUCUUCUUGGCCACAGUAGUUAUCGGCAAUCUUGUGGUUCUUAAUCUUUUCUUAGCUUUGCUUUUGUCGAAUUUCGGUUCUUCUAGUUUAUCAGCACCGACUGCCGACAAUGAUACCAAUAAAAUUGCAGAAGCCUUCAAUCGUAUUGGUCGUUUUAAGAAUUGGGUGAAACGUAAUAUUGCCGAUUGUUUUAAGUUUAUACGUAAUAAAUUGACAAAUCAAAUAAGUGACCAACCAUCAGGUGAGAGGAUCAACCAGAUCAGUUGGAUUUGGAGCGAAGAACAUGGUGAUAAUGAACUGGAAUUGGGUCAUGAUGAAAUAAUGGCCGAUGGUUUAAUCAAAAAGGGCCUUAAGGAACAAAAUCAACUAGAAGUAGCUAUAGGGGAUGGCAUGGAAUUUACCAUACACGGUGAUAUGAAGAAUAAUAAACCGAAGAAAUCAAAAUUCUUAAAUAACACAACGAUGAUUGGAAACUCAAUAAACCACCAAGACAAUAGACUGGAACAUGAGCUAAACCAUAGAGGUUUGUCCAUACAGGACGAUGACACUGCCAGCAUUAACUCAUAUGGUAGCCAUAAGAAUCGACCAUUCAAAGAUGAAAGCCACAAAGGCAGCGCCGAAACAAUAGAAGGCGAAGAGAAACGUGACGCCAGCAAAGAAGACCUCGGUCUUGACGAGGAGCUGGACGAGGAGGGUGAAUUGGAGGAGGGCCAAUUGGAUGGUGACAUAAUCAUUCAUGCGGCCAACGACGAUGAGAUAAUCGACGAUUAUCCCGCUGACUGUUGUCCGGAUUCAUACUAUAAGAAGUUUCCAAUCUUAGCCGGCGAUGAAGAUUCGCCGUUUUGGCAAGGAUGGGGCAAUUUACGACUGAAAACUUUUCAAUUAAUUGAAAAUAAAUAUUUUGAAACCGCAGUAAUCACUAUGAUUUUAAUGAGUAGCUUAGCUUUGGCCUUAGAAGAUGUUCAUUUACCAGAACGUCCCAUACUACAGGAUAUUUUGUACUACAUGGACAGGAUAUUUACGGUGAUAUUCUUCUUAGAAAUGUUAAUCAAAUGGUUGGCCUUGGGCUUCAAGGUUUACUUCACCAAUGCCUGGUGUUGGCUUGAUUUCGUUAUUGUAAUGGUGUCGCUAAUCAACUUCGUUGCUUCACUUGCUGGAGCUGGUGGUAUACAAGCCUUCAAGACUAUGCGAACGUUAAGAGCACUGAGACCACUACGUGCCAUGUCCCGUAUGCAGGGCAUGAGGGUUGUCGUAAAUGCGCUGGUUCAAGCUAUACCGUCCAUCUUCAAUGUGCUAUUGGUGUGUCUGAUAUUUUGGCUUAUUUUUGCCAUUAUGGGUGUACAGCUUUUUGCUGGAAAAUAUUUUAAGUGUAAAGAUGACAACGACACGGUUUUGAGUCACGAAAUCAUACCUAAUCGUAAUGCCUGUAUAAGUGAGAACUACACUUGGGAAAAUUCUCCAAUGAACUUCGAUCAUGUAGGUAAUGCGUAUCUGUGUCUAUUUCAAGUGGCCACCUUUAAAGGCUGGAUACAAAUUAUGAACGAUGCCAUUGAUUCAAGAGAGGUGGACAAGCAGCCGAUACGAGAAACCAAUAUCUACAUGUAUUUAUAUUUCGUAUUCUUCAUUAUAUUUGGAUCAUUUUUCACACUCAAUCUGUUCAUUGGUGUUAUCAUUGAUAAUUUUAAUGAACAAAAGAAGAAAGCAGGUGGAUCAUUAGAAAUGUUCAUGACAGAAGAUCAGAAAAAGUACUAUAAUGCUAUGAAAAAGAUGGGCUCCAAAAAACCAUUAAAAGCCAUUCCAAGACCGAGGUGGCGUCCACAAGCAAUAGUAUUUGAAAUAGUUACUGAUAAGAAAUUCGAUAUUAUCAUUAUGUUGUUUAUUGGUUUAAACAUGUUUACCAUGACACUCGAUCGUUACGAUGCAUCGGAUACAUAUAAUGCUGUCCUUGAUUAUCUCAAUGCGGUAUUCGUAGUUAUUUUCAGUGGCGAAUGUCUAUUAAAAAUAUUCGCUUUACGAUAUCACUAUUUCAAAGAGCCAUGGAAUUUAUUUGAUGUAGUAGUUGUCAUUUUAUCCAUCUUAGGUCUUGUACUCAGCGACAUCAUUGAGAAGUAUUUUGUGUCACCGACAUUGCUGCGUGUGGUGAGAGUGGCCAAAGUGGGUCGAGUCCUGCGUUUGGUCAAGGGAGCGAAGGGUAUAAGAACUCUACUGUUUGCGUUAGCCAUGUCAUUGCCUGCCUUAUUCAACAUUUGUCUACUGCUGUUUUUGGUCAUGUUCAUCUUUGCCAUCUUUGGGAUGUCCUUCUUUAUGCAUGUCAAAGAAAAGAGUGGCAUUAAUGACGUGUAUAAUUUUAAGACAUUUGGCCAAAGUAUGAUAUUGCUCUUUCAGAUGUCUACCUCAGCCGGUUGGGAUGGUGUUUUAGACGCCAUUAUCAAUGAGGAAAAUUGCAAACAACCCGACAACGACAAAGGCUAUCCGGGCAAUUGUGGUUCAGCGACCGUCGGAAUUACGUUUCUUCUCUCAUAUCUAGUUAUAAGCUUUUUGAUAGUUAUUAAUAUGUACAUUGCUGUCAUUCUCGAGAACUAUAGCCAGGCUACGGAGGAUGUACAGGAGGGUCUCACCGAUGACGAUUACGACAUGUACUAUGAGAUUUGGCAACAAUUCGAUCCCGAGGGUACUCAGUACAUUCGGCACGAUCAGUUGUCCGAAUUCUUGGACGUUUUGGAGCCGCCUUUGCAGAUUCACAAACCGAACAAGUACAAAAUAAUAUCGAUGGACAUACCCAUCUGUCGGGGCGACAUGAUGUACUGCGUUGACAUUCUGGAUGCCCUGACCAAAGACUUCUUUGCACGCAAAGGCAAUCCUAUAGAAGAGACCGGGGAGAUCGGAGAGAUAGCUGCCCGACCGGACACCGAAGGUUACGAUCCGGUAUCGUCGACGCUGUGGCGACAACGUGAAGAGUACUGCGCCCGGCUGAUACAGACGGCGUGGCGUCGCUACAAGUAUGGCGAACCAGCUGAUGCUAAAGCUGCCGACGGCGAAGAAGCUGAAGAUGGUGCGGAAGGUGGCAGCGGUAGCGGUAACGGCGGUGGUAGUGGAGAAGGUGCCGAUGCGCUUCUAACGGGCGAGGCAGGAGGUCACGAAGAUGCUGGUGCUAAUGGGGGACCCUUAAGUCCGGGCUGCGUCAGCGGUGGCAGUAACGGCCGCCAGACGGCAGUGCUAGUAGAAAGCGAUGGUUUUGUUACAAAAAACGGUCACAAGGUUGUAAUACACUCGAGAUCGCCGAGCAUAACAUCCAGAACGGCAGAUGUCUGAGCCAGGCCUCGCCCCCCCCUCCAAGAUGCACGCGAGAACUAAAGCGUUAAUUUUCUGCUAAUAAUAAUAUCACAAUGUACACACACAACAACAACAAUAUGAACAACAAUAACAACACCGUACAAACAAAUGCGCAAAUAAUUCUUUUGAGUUAAACAUACAAUAACAACAACAAACAAAAAUGCUAAAAUAUGAAACGGAAACUAAAACAUCAGUGAACGUGGGAAGAACGGAACGAAUGCAGAUUUAUUAAUUUUAGAACAAUAAACAAAAACAACAUGUAAAAAUUUAUAAUGUAAAAAAUGAUAAAUGAAGUCAAGAACAAACAAACACAAAAAUCAUAAAUAUUGUAUUGAAGAAAAAAAUAUGUUUAACAAAUUUCCAACAUUUUAAAAUAUAUUUUUUUUCAUUUUAAUUUAAUUUUUCUAGUUUUCUUUCUAUAACUUUUUUAUUAAAUAAACAUAAAUUUUUAUUUCUUUUAUUUAGUUUAUAUGAUUAUUUUUAAAUUAACUACAAUGUAAAUAUAUAAGUAUUUGAAUAAAAAAAAUAAACAGAAAACACAACAAAACAAUUUAAAUUACAAGCUCUGAUAAUUGUAUUGUAAACGGGUUCUUUUUUUAUAUAAAAAAAAAAACAACAGUUAUGAUUUUUUUCUACAAUAAAUAAUUAAAUACUGAAUUAAUAUUAAAAAAAGAAACAAAAAUAUUAAAAUAUGCUUUAAACAAAACACAAAAAUUAUAAUAAAACUAUAUAAAUUUAAGCCGACUGCCAAACAAACAAAAAAAUAAUAAUAAAUAAAAUAUUUUAAAUAUAACAAUGAAAGCACAGCUAAAGUUAUAAUAAUAAUAAUAAUAAUUACAACAAAAAUAAUUUAUAUAUAAAAAUAAUACAAAAAUAACAAUGAUAAUAAUGAAAACAUAAAUUACAACAGAAUAAUAUUAAAUUUGAUAAAAAUUAUAAUAAUAAAAUUAAAAAUAACACUUUUAAAAGCACACCACCUAAAAAAAACCUAAUGAUACACAAAACAACAAUUACAACAAUAACUCUCACUGCAUACUUUGAAAUACACUGAAAAAAAAACUUGGAGUUGGGGCGCAGAAAACAGAAAAAAAAAACAAAAACAAACCAAAAAAGAUCAAAAAAAAAAAAGACGUUACAUAAAAAAUUUAACAAAAACCUGACGUGUUGUGAUGUUGAAAAUUUUAAACAUAAAUUAAAAACAUUAAAUAUAAACUUAAAAAAAACAAAGACAAAAAACUUACAAAACAAAGCAGAACUAAAAACUUUCAAAACAACAAAACAGUGAAGUUGAACAAUCUCUUUAUACAGAGUUCUCGAAUUAGAGAACAAAGAACAAAGGACUUAAAACAAACCGAAAAAAAACUCUAAUUGAAAUAAAGUGGCAAAAGAGAGCAAAAAAACAAUUACAAAAACAAUAAAUAAUAUAAAGUGAACUUGUAUGUAAACAACAAAUCUAAAAGAAAAUAACAACAAAUUUAGACGUAUAUAAUUUUAUAAUUUUAAAUAUAAAUUUUUUUCUAAUUUCUAAUUAAAAUAAAAUAUUACAACAAAAAAAGUAAAAAAAGAGAAACCAACACAUUAUUUGCUUUAACAAACAAGUAAUAAGGCGACUAAGAAUGAAAAGUGGUAGAACACAAGAAAAACGAAAACCGGAAAUUAAAAUAAAAACAUAACGCGCUCCUUGUUAUAAUAAUAUAAUAAACUUGAACGUAAACUUAAGUAUAAAACAACUAGAAAAUUCAUUUUAAAAAAUUCGGAUUUAUAGCUAUUUUCAAAUACAAUUCAGCUAAGAAAUUCUUGGCAGCAGGUUUGAUACUUAAGUUGACGUUAAAUAACUUGUGAAUCAUAAGCUAAACAUUGCAAGAGAACAAAAAAUAACAAAUAAUCAGAAUAGAUUAAACUAAAUAAAGUAAUGGCUGAAGAACUCCUUGCAACUUUUAGUUAAAGAUCCAUUAGUAUUUUGAAAAUAAAAUUAAUAAUAUAUUUAUGUAUAAUUUUAAAUUUUUUUUAUUUAUUUUUAUGUUGCUUACAUUUUAUGGUUUAAAGAGCAAACUAUAUAUUAUGUUUCAAUUGCACACGUCUUAAAGAAGAAAAAAAAAAAAAUAAACAAAAACAACGUUUAAAAAUGUACCCCCACACUUACACAAUACGAAUACAAACCAACAAACACCAACACCUACAUACACAACUAACAUUAUUACAUAAUUUGUAUUAAAAAAACAUAAAUUUAUAAAUUCCAUAAACAAUUAAAGAAUUGACAAAUUUAUACAAAUUUAUUAAUAUUUAAUUUAAUAAUUUCAAGAGCACCCGUAUUCAAUUAUUUAAAUUAUAAAAAAACUAUAAGAAAAAAACAUUAAAUUAUAUACAAAAUUGGCUUUUUAACAACAACUAUAUACUUCUUUUGUUUAGAUCUUUUAAACCAUUUCAAAUCAAUUACAGAGCUUUAGCAUUUUUAGUAAUUAAAAUUUAAUAAUUUUCUUUAUGAUUUAUUAUUAUUAUUAUUAUAUUUUAAUUUAUUAUUAUAUUUUUAGUUAAAAGCUUUUGGCUUAUCUAUCAAUUUAUACAUUUUUAAGUUUUUGAUUUUUUCCCAAGUUGGAGCAACUUUUCAAACUUUAUAUUAACAAUUCAAAAUUGAUUUCUUUUAAAAUUUUUUUCCUCUAUAAUAACUUUAAAUAACUCCAACUUUCUUUCUAAUUAAAAGCCCUUUUUAAUUUUUUGUUUAAAAUUUCACUUGAUUUAAUUUUUAUUGCGCUGAAAAUUAAAACAAACCUCUACAAAACGUGCAUAAACAAGUACAAGAAGGUUCGUAACAUUUCAACUAAUAAUUCAAAGCUUACAAAAUAAAAAUAAAAAAAUAUAUAAUUAAAGAACUGCUUCAAUCUGUUUACUUUAAUUUGAGCUGAUUUCGUUUAAUUGAAUCAAUAUAUAAAAAAAAUACCAACAAAAACUAAAAGAAAUGUUUGCUAUGCAACAGAAAAUUAAGUUUUUACAUUAAGAACAAACUUGAGUGCACUCUUAACAGCGAGGGGCGGGCGAGAUGAAACAAAAAAAAACAAAAAAAAAAAC